GGGUGGCGCAGCUGUAUGGCGUAAUUCCGGAAGGUCUACGCAAGUCGGCAAACUGCUAUGACGUAGACCUGCGAGCGGACACUGGGCCGCUGCGGCGCCGGAUGCUGCGGCGCCCGCUGGUCGGGCUGGCAGCCACAGUCCUGGGUCGCACCGCUCCGGACGUCAUGUCAGGCCCCAGGCCUGUGGUGCUGAGUGGGCCAUCGGGAGCCGGGAAGAGCACCCUGCUGAAGAGGCUGUUCCAGGAGUAUGGCAACAUCUUCGGCUUCAGUGUGUCCCAUACCACGAGGGACCCUCGGCCUGGUGAGGAGAAUGGCAAAGAUUACUACUUUGUGACCAGGGAGGUGAUGCAGCGUGACAUCGCAGCUGGGGACUUCAUUGAGCAUGCCGAGUUCUCAGGGAACCUAUACGGGACAAGCAAGGCUGCUGUACAGGCUGUACAGGCCAUGAACCGCAUCUGUGUACUGGACGUGGACCUUCAGGGUGUGCGUAACAUCAAGAAGACUGACUUGUGUCCUAUCUACAUCUCUGUGCAGCCACCCUCACUGGAUGUGCUGGAGCAACGGCUGCGGCAGCGGAACACUGAGACUGAGGAGAGUUUGGUGAAGCGGCUGGCUGCUGCACGGGCUGACCUGGAAAGCAGCAAGGAGCCUGGCCUAUUUGACCUGGUGAUCAUCAAUGACAAUCUGGACAAGGCCUACACAGCUCUGAAGCAGGCACUUUUGGAGGAAAUCAAGAAAGCUCAGGGGACUGGCCAUGCCUGAGGACCUACUUCACUCUACAGGGUACUUUGUGUGCCCCAAAUCUACCUAGGCUCUAGGUGGGGCCUGCCCUGGGGUGCCAAGGACGUUCAUAGGACCUGGAAUAGGUUUCCACUGUGGAGCUGAUGGAGCUGCCCCUUUGCUGUCCAUGGUGGCUCUGCACCUUUAGCUAGCACCUGUGGUGGAUGGUCCCACUCCUCUCCCUCACCAUGGUUGAAGAACCUCAAGCUGCCCCCCAUCCACCUGGGUUGUCCCUCUUCCUAUCCCUCUUCCUCCUGCUGGAGCGGGACUGACAUCG